CUCAUCUCGCCGGUGAUGGACAAAACCAUCAACAUACUUUUGAUAGUCGUCAUGUUCAUCACCAUGGUGUCACUGGGAUGCACCAUGGAGGUGUCCAAGAUCAAGAUCCACAUAAUGAAACCUAAGGGCUUGGCGAUAGCUGUGCUGGCGCAGUAUGGUGUGAUGCCUCUCACAGCCUUCUGCUUGGCUAAGGCGUUCCAGCUGCCCGACAUGACGGCUGUGGUGAUUCUGAUCUGCGGCUGCUGCCCGGGAGGAAGCCUCUCUAACAUCCUGGCGCUGGCUCUGCAGGGAGACAUGAACCUCAGCAUUGUGAUGACGUCCUGCUCCACGCUGCUGGCUCUGGGCAUGAUGCCUCUGCUGCUCUACAUCUACUGUCAGGGCUUCAACCUGCAGAACUCUGUGCCUUAUGUGGACAUCAUCAUAUCGCUGGUCAUGAUCCUCAUUCCCUGCGCUGCCGGCAUCCUCAUCAACUACUACAGGCCGCAGUACGCCAAGACCAUCUCAAAGGUGGGCCUCACUAUUCUGAUGAUUGCUGCGGUGGGGAUCGGCAUCCUUUCCAGCAUUGCAAUCGGAGGCUCCAUCCUCACAGUGCUGUCUCCUCCCCUCAUGGCCAUCGCUGCUCUCAUGCCCUUCGUAGGCUUCUCCUUCGGUUACAUCAUCUCCUGGCUCUUCGGACUCAACCAAUCGGAGCGGAGGACCGUUGCCGUGGAAACAGGCUGUCAGAACAUCCAGCUGUGCACCACCAUCCUGAAGCUGGCCUUCACCCCGGCGGCGAUCGGCCCUCUGUUCCUGUUCCCCAUGGUGUACGUGUCCUUCCAGCUGAUGGAGGCGGCGCUGCUCAUCGUGCUGUUCAGGUGCCACCAGAGGUUCACGCUCAAAGAGAAAGAGACAUACGAGGCAGCAAACACUAAAGAAAAGUUGAAAGAGGCCUCCGAGGGGACUGUAUGACGACGGAGCCCAGUUUUAUAUCCAUGAAUGUGACACUUGCAGACCAGAACCUUUGUAGAGGUUUCAUUACAAGUACAAAUGAACACAACAUGAAAGAUUUAUUUAAAAUCGUUUUAUUGUUUUAAGUCCAACGUCCAUCUUCCUACACCAUACAAACGUCAAUCAUAUUUUUCACUGAAAAUAAAAUCCUUACGUACAAAAAUGUUGCUUUUUUUUUCAAACUGUUGUCUACACGUUCAUUAAACCACAGUUACAUCAGUCACAGUACCAACCAGCAUUCUUGGAAUUACAUUAUACACUUAUGUAAAACAAAAGUCUGCAAUGCUGUACACAAAAAAAACCUAAACCCCCCCCCCCGCCAAAAAUUAAACGAAGAAAAAAAAAAAAAA